UACUUCCCUCGCCGCAGUUUGUUAAGCCACCCCGAUGCCACUCACAUACUAGCCUUACUUCACUUACAAUCAUCACAGAAACUUUUAGAACUCGCAGUUGUCUUGAACUUCUCCUAGUAUAGAAGAUCCUCCGAUUCUCUACUCCUCUCCUCCUCAGCCAUCCCUCCUUAAACCGAUUCCAUCAUGGCCGACACCUCAGACCACGACGCCCUCAUUGCACGAUUUACUGCAUUUGCAAACACUUCAAAUCGACAGGCCCGACAGUUCCUCGCCGCCAAUGAUUGGAACCUCGAAAGUGCAAUUGCAAACUACUACGCUGCUCAAGAAGAUCAUACCGAAGAUGCUGCAGAUGAUUCAGACUACCUGUACGAGGACGAGCCAGAAUCCUCAAAUGCCCCUCAAUCUCAACUCGGUACUGGUCGCAGACUGGGCAGCGAAGAACCUACAGAACCCCUGAAGCCGAUUCGUAUGGGUACCACCCACCCUUUAGAUCCAAAAAAUAGUACAUCUGCCCAGAAGAAGUUUGCCACAUUAAGCGACUUCGGUGCCGCUGGUGCCGCUGGAGACGAUUCAGACGACGAUGAUAAGCAAGAUAUGUUCGCUGGAGGCGAGAAGUCUGGCCUUGCCGUACAAAAUCCAGACGACUUGAAGAAGAAAAUCCUGGAAAAGGCGCAGCAACGUGGACCUCCACCAAAAGAUGCCCCGACCAAGAAAUCCUUCUUCACAGGCUCAGCACGCACCCUAGGCGGAGAUGAUUCCCCUUCACGCGAAAUCCCAGCCGCUCCUCAGCCUAGGGCAAGAGCGGAGCGUGUCCAACGUGUCUUACACUUCUGGCGAGAUGGCUUCAGCAUUGACGAUGGUGACCUGUACAGAAUCGACGAUCCAAGAAAUGCCGAAAUCUUGAACUUGAUUCGGCAAGGAAGAGCACCGUUGAACAUCAUGAACGUCCAGCCAGGCCAGGAGGUGGAUGUGGAAAUCAAACAGCACAACGAGAAGUAUGUCCAGCCCAAGAAGAAGUUCAAGCCCUUCGGAGGCUCUGGACAUCGACUAGGAAGCCCGACACCUGGAGCAUCUUCAAUGCCAGGAGCCUUCGCCUCGGAACAAACUGCACCAGCUUCUGCUCCAGCAGCUGCAGCGCCUCCUACUGCUGACGUUGAUGAGUCAAAGCCUACAGUAACUCUGAGAAUCAGUUUGGGUUCCGGUACGAGGUUGACCAGCCGAUUCAACACAACUCAGACCAUUGGCGAUGUGUAUGAUUUUGUCCGACGCGCAGAACCUGGAAGCAGAGAAUUCGUGCUGCAAACGACCUUCCCGACUACUGAGCUCAUCGAUAAAUCACAGGUUCUUGGAGAGAUGGCAGAACUCAAGCGCGGAGGAGCUGUGGUGCAGAAGUACGUUUGAGGGGCGGCCGCUGGCUUCCAUUACUACUGGCGGAGUUGCUGGUUGACGAGCUGCGGGCAUUGAUCACUGGCUCUGCGCCGUGAAGAUUACGGCAGACAGAUAUGAUACCAUAGCAUAGCAUAGGCUUGAUGAAGACAUCAUGCCAGAUUAGAAUACAACAGGUUGCUUCAAGAA